GCGAACUGACGCGGCUCUCAGCCUGGACGGGACGGCCAGGUAAGGCGAGGCUCGGCGCCAUGUUGAUAAAAAACGGAAGUGAGUAAUUCUGUUAGGGACUUAAAAGGCAAGAGAAGAAGGCAAAAAACUGCGAAAGGACACGGGAAAAGCCAUCAGGAGCGGGCUGUCAUGUUUUAGGUCUUUCUCCGGGUGGCGGAGGGCGGCUCUCUAAACACACGCACUUCAGUGACAGAGUCGCCGCAGACUUCAGGAUAACCGGCGACCGAGAUGCCCCUGGCGCAGCUGGCGGACCCCUGGCGAAAGGCGGCCCUGGGGCCCCCGGAGGUUUUGGAGGAGUCUAUGAGUGAGGAAGAUGACCCCAUGUGUGAUGAAGGCUCGGUGAAGGAGAUUAACAUCACGCAGCAUGUAAAGGAGGGUUGUGAGAGGGGCGACCCAAAACAGUUUGAGCUUCUCAAGGUUCUGGGCCAGGGCUCCUUUGGGAAGGUGUUUCUGGUGAAGAAGAUCAGAGGCCCAGAUGCUGGCCAGCUGUACGCCAUGAAAGUGCUUAAGAAGGCCACUCUUAAAGUGCGAGACCGCGUCCGGACCAAGAUGGAGCGGGACAUCCUGGUGGAGGUGAACCACCCCUUCAUAGUCAAGCUGCACUAUGCAUUUCAGACAGAGGGGAAACUCUACCUGAUCCUUGACUUCCUGCGAGGUGGAGAUCUAUUCACCCGCCUGUCCAAAGAAGUCAUGUUCACUGAGGAGGAUGUGAAGUUCUACCUGGCUGAACUGGCUCUGGCUCUGGACCACCUCCACAGCCUGGGAAUCAUCUACAGGGACCUGAAGCCUGAGAACAUUCUCCUGGAUGAAGACGGCCACAUCAAACUGACAGACUUUGGGCUGAGCAAAGAGUCCAUCGACCAAGAGAACAAGGCGUACUCCUUCUGUGGGACAGUGGAGUACAUGGCCCCCGAAGUGGUGAACCGCAGAGGCCACACCCACAGCGCUGAUUGGUGGUCCUACGGCGUGCUCAUGUUUGAGAUGCUGACUGGGACCCUGCCAUUCCAGGGGAGGGACCGCAAGGAGACCAUGACCAUGAUCCUCAAAGCCAAGCUGGGGAUGCCGCCUUUCCUGAGCCCAGAGGCACAGAGUCUCCUGCGAAACCUGUUCAAACGCAACCCUUCCAACAGACUCGGUGCUGGCCCAGAUGGCGUCGAGGAGAUUAAGAGACACCGCUUCUUCUACAGCGUAGAUUGGAAUAAACUCUUCAGGAGAGAGAUCCAGCCACCCUUUAAACCAGCCAGUGGUCGCCCUGAGGACACCUUCUACUUUGACUCAGAAUUCACCACAAAGACCCCCAAAGACUCCCCAGGUGUUCCCGCCAGCGCCAACGCCCACCAGCUCUUCCGGGGCUUCAGCUUUGUGGCCACCGGUCCCGAGGACGAGCGAGAGCAGCUGUCCGGCACGGGCAUGUCCUCCAUUGUACAGCGACUGCACAGAAACACAGUGCAGUUCACCGACGUGUACGACGUGAAGGAGGACAUCGGGGUGGGAUCCUACUCCAUCUGCAACCGCUGCAUCCACAAGACCGCCAAAAUGGAGUAUGCGGUGAAGAUCAUCAACAAAGCUAAGAGGGACCCCACAGAGGAGGUGGAGAUCCUGCUGAGAUACGGACAGCACCCCAACGUCAUCACCCUGAAGGAUGUGUAUGAUGACGGCCGCUCCGUGUACUUGGUGACGGAGCUGAUGAAAGGAGGAGAGCUGCUGGACAAGAUUCUCCGGCAGAAGUUCUUCUCUGAGCAGGAGGCCAGUGCUGUACUCCACACCAUCACCAAAACCGUGGAGUAUCUUCAUGCACAGGGGGUGGUCCACAGAGACCUGAAGCCUAGCAACAUCCUCUAUGUGGACGAGUCUGGGAAUCCCGAGUCCAUCCGCAUCUGUGACUUCGGCUUCGCUAAGCAGCUGCGUGCUGAGAACGGACUCCUGAUGACCCCCUGCUACACUGCCAACUUCGUGGCCCCCGAGGUGCUGAAGAAGCAGGGUUACGAUGCUGCCUGCGACAUCUGGAGCCUGGGCGUGCUGCUCUACACCAUGCUGACUGGAUUCACCCCCUUUGCCAACGGUCCCGAUGACACCCCCGAGGAGAUCCUGGCCCGCGUCAGCAGUGGCAAGUUCUCUCUGACAGGAGGCUACUGGAAUUCUGUGUCAGCGGAGGCCAAGGACCUGGUGUCCAAGAUGCUGCACGUGGACCCCCACCAGAGGCUGACUGCGGCGCAGGUUCUCAGACACCCCUGGAUCGUCUACAGGGACCAGCUGCCCAAGUUCCAGCUCAACAGGCAGGAUGCUCCACAUCUGGUCAAGGGCGCCAUGGCUGCCACAUACUCUGCACUCAACAGGAACGUCCCCCCCGUGCUGGAGCCUGUGGGCUGCUCCACACUGGCUCAGCGCCGCGGUAUGAAAAAGCAGUCGUCAACUGCCCUGUGACCCCUUCCAUGGGACAAGGGCCUUCGGUCUGCUUUAGCUCAGGUCGGCCCAGUCCUGGGCCUUUGGGAGUGAAGAUGCGUUCUGUGGAAUGGAGAAAGUACUCGCUAUCCUGGAGAAUUCUGCUCAGACAAUCAGGACAAGCUCUACCAAAUGCAACACGGCCGGCUCACGUCAUUUCAGUGCUUGUACAAAUUUAUUUUGUAAUAAUGAUCUUUACCUGUAAAUGUAAAGUUAUAUAACGGAUUUUUUUUUUAGGUUUGUAGUAAACAGGAGAUGAGGCCUUUCUUGUCAUAUUCAGCCCCGAUUGUGUCUACAAGCUCCUCCCCCCUUCUCAGCAGCCAAUUAGUGAGAGUUUAAUGAACCACAACCCUUCCUAUUCUGCCCUGACUCUACAUGCACUAUGUAGUUCAGUGGGAUGUGGGUCUAUCGGGGCUGUUCUCCUCAGCUCGCUAUGCUGCAGACGCCAAAGCGCUGACCCAGCUGUCUAGCACCCUGCUCCUCUUGCCUCGCCGCUGCCCCCCUGAUGGCAGCCAGUGUGGAAUCCUGCCAGCCACAGAGGUCCCGUCUCCUCCAAGUCCACAAAGUACCUCACGCUCAGCUUCAGCGUUUUGUCUGCAUCCCGGCACUUCUUAUAAGGUCCCUCUGUGCAACUCAUUGUCCUCCACAGCUCCCUGAUAUUUAAGCUGAAGAAAUGCAGCUGAUUUGCCCUCCAAGUAAAACCACAAUGAGGGGAAAAUAAGGGAUUCUGUCCAUUUUGAGUUUAAAAUCUCCCAUCUAUUUUAUAUGAAUGUGAAUAUGCAGAAUUUGAUUUUCUGUGUUGGUCUGCAUGGCUUAUCGGUGUCUGUCAUGAUCCUUAGGGCUUUGGGAAGUGCGCUGGCCCGACCUGUGAGACAGUGGCCCAUCCACAGGAAGUGUUUUCUGGUCAAACAUCCUUAAUGUUGUCUUAGAGCCCUGGAAAUGCGCUCUCAUUCUGUGUAAUGCUGUCACAGACAAGCUGCUGUGCUCCUUUAAUCUUAAAGCAAGAGAUCUACAUUUAUAUAAAUAAAUCAAAAAAGAA